CUUCCUCAACAACCUCCAAUCUGGUCAAGAGUCAGUCUUCAACAAAAUUUGUUACGAUCAAUUGAAAUGAUGUGUAGAGUUUCGGUGUUUACACUAGCUCAGGUGUUCACAACACCUCCACCUUGUCUCUGUCUACCUCUUUUGGCAGUGUCGACCAAGCUUUUUUUAAUUGGUGGAUGACUUUUUUCAAUUUAUGACUAAGAUGGGCGUGGCGUUCAUGGCUGGAUGAUAAGGUGACACAGUUGGGUGUGGAUGCAUUGCUGGUUAUCUGUGGUUCCUGUGGAUGUGGGGAAGCCAACUGUGAAAUCAGAUAAAUCUACAGUUCGAGAUGGGAGGUGUCGAUGGGAAAAUCCGGUCUAUGAAACAGUUAAAUUCGUCCGUGAGCCAAGAACCGGGAACAUCAAGAGAGUGUCUACAACUUUGUUGUCUCAACUUGUUCUUGGGGAGCUUUCUGUCGAUUUUGCUGACCAUGCCGAGGCUACUAAUUCAUCCUGUGUAUCUUUUCCCCUCAAGAAUUCAACAAUUAUGCAUGUUACCAUUCAAAGGUUGCACGCAAAUGUUGAUCCGAGGAUGAGGGCAUUAAUCGAACCACCCAAUUUGCUGUGCUCAACCACAGAGCAUCAUUUGGAUCUGACUUUACGUUGUCAGGUUCUGACAAUGUGUUUGGACUUGAAUCUCUGCAAGAACUUGGAUCAAGAGAUCCUUCCAACUUUCUGUCGUCUUUGAAUCACACCUCAGUACAGAGGUACAAGAGGAAUUGAGUUUUGAGAAGGACCUGAGUUUCAAUAUCCGUUUACAGCUCCAGAAGACUCAAGAAUCAAAUUCUGAUUUAAUUCUUGCUGUGCGAGACCUGGAGGAAAUUUUGGGGCACAAAAAUAAUGAAAUAGCCAAUCUUUCCAACAGGCCAGAGUCCUGCGGGGAUGCUGCAGGGUUGAAGGCAACCAUCUCGAAAGGUGGGACAAGUGAGGAUGAGGAGCAAUUGGAGCUGAUCUUGUUAAGAAGCACAGCAAUGCCAAGGAAACACACCUGCUCAAGAAACAGAUCGCUGAACUCUAUGGUGAAAUGGAAAUCUUUAGGAGAGAGUCGAGAGACUAAGAUGAGCUCAAGAUGCAAAUGGAGCAGCUUGCACUUGACUGUGAGAUAUUGAAAUAGGAAAACCAUGACAUCUCAUAUAAACAAGAUCAAAGCUCAUCUCCCUCUGCUGGCGUAAAUGAACUCGAAUGCCAAGUUGAGGAUUUGAAAACAGAACUGGAGCUGCUUUGGAAACCUCAACUGCUUCAUUUUUCGUGAAGGAAAAUGAUCUUCAGAACUAAUCAAAGGAUUAGAGAGCAGGGUCGUACCCAGUGCAUAAGGCUCCCGCUUUACACAAGGUCUAAGAAAGGUGAAUGUCGGCUAGCCUUACCCCCAUUUAUGGAGAGGCUGCUCCCAAGUCUCGAACCCGAGACCUACCGCUCAUGGGCGAAGACACUUGCCAUCGCACCAAGUGCGACCGAAGGAUUAGAGAGCAGGGUGGAA